AUGACCAUCAAACCCGACCAAUCGAACUGUCGCUUCUCGAAGCGAAUCUCAUUCCGAUGGAUCACAGAGCCCGCCGAGGAAACAACAGAUACAAUCGUGAUGUCCGUGAAGGACUGGUACGUUGAUCUACGGAUAGAAACGGCAACAGGCAAGAUAGAUUGGGCAAUUGCUGGACAGAGGAUUGUGGAGAGUCAGGAUCCUUUGCGGGUGACCUUCUCCCAUGAGCUUGACUCCCACGAUGCGUUCGAGAGUAUCGAUUGUGGGACUUUUGUUCCCUUGCCAAACGGCGAUGAUCUCGAGAUGGGCUCUAUGCCUCGCUAUGAUCUCCCUGGUGCACCUGAUAAGGAAUAUGAGGAGGUAUGGCGGGAGUUGCCAUUCAAAGAGGGCCCCGAGGGACCUAAUAAAGGUCUUUCGUGGAUUCUGGAGUCAGAUGAUGGAGAUCUCGACAAUGAAGAAGGAGAGGUGACGAUUACAAAAACUUUUAUCGGUCGCAUCUGGGGAACUUACUUGGCACUGAGCCAGACGCAGACUCAUACGCGAGAGAAGUCUCCAUCUGGUGAUUUGGUUGUUAAGAAAUCCGGCGCCGAUGUUAGUGCCAGAAGGGAAGAAUGGGAAUCUGGGUGGAAUGAGAAGUAUUCAGUUGGUGAAGCUGCAGGUGCUUUGCCUUCAAUGGUGGUUGGGUUUGAUGCAGAGGGAGAGGGAUCUUGGAAAGUACCUGGGGAGAAGGUGGAGGUUCAAGGAAAGACGUAUGUCGUUCGAGCUUUCGAGCAAAUUUAG